UUCGUGGCAACACAGUUCUUUCCUCGCCAAGGACUUUACCUGUUUAUCAUCUACACGCAGCCAACUCUCACCUCUGAUUCCACUUUUUCCCUUACUUCUUUCUCGUUUACCAUUCCUUACUUCACCCCAAGUCGCUCCUACCAUUACAUUCUAUUCUCCACUACGUCCCGCACAUCAUCAUGUCUGCACUAAAGCCCAACCAACCCGAAACCCUUCUGGGGCUGAGUAUGGCCGAAGCGCGGAUGAUCAUUCUCGGUGUACUGAGUUCCGAUAAAUCUGGCAAAGUUGACUUUGAUAAGAUGGCCGUCAAGGGAGGCUACAAGAACGCUCAAUCUGCCAGUACUCUUUAUCACAAGGCCAAGCGUAGGCUUUUCGAUAUCCAUAAUACCCCGGCCGAUCAAGAAGCUGGUACCUCUAUCAGUCCUGCAAAGGAAUCCGCUUCCACCACUGCCACUCCCAAGAAAACGCCCGCAAAGCGUGGCAAAGACAAGGCUGUCGCCGAUGAUGACAACACUGGUGCUAUCGAGACUACUCCAACUCCUUCCAAGGGGAAGCGUCAGAAGACGGCAGCUACCCCGAAGACCCCGAAGACCCCUCGUUCUGCGCCGAAGGCUGUGAAGACAAAGGCUCCAAAGCCUGGAGGCGACACUACCCCCACUCCAGUCGAAGGCAAAGUCGCCGUGAAGAAGGAAGAACACGAUACGGAGCUCGAAAAAAGUACCGUCAAGGAGGAGUCGAAAUCUUCUGAUGACGAGAAACUUAUGAGUACCAGCCAGAUGAGUGCAGAGUUCUCUGUCAUGGGACAGUGUCCAGACACUCCCAAGUAAAUGAGUCUGACUUGAAGAGUCUGGUAGCGUGGUCCUGUGCUUCUCGUCAGGCCGAGUGCUCUAUGGAAAGAUUACACAGCAGUUUCUUAUG